AUGGCUCACCUUCACUUCGAACCGUCCCUGCUGGAAAGUCUAGCCGAAAAAGUCGUCGUUUUGACCGGCGCUGCAACCGGAAUCGGUCGCUCAGCCGUUCAGCAGUUUUGCAAGAGUGGUGCCAAAGUAGUAUUUGGCGAUGUGGUUGAAGAACCAUCACGAGAGCUAGAAUCUGAACUUGGUCCAAACGUCCAGUUCAUCAAAUGCGAUGCCUCAAGCUAUCCCGAUCAACUCAAUCUAUUCAAGACCGCGUACGAAAAGUACAGUCGAAUCGACAUCGUUGUCGCCAAUGCCGGAAUCGGUAUCCAUCAAGACCAGUUCACCCCUGAAGCCGACAUUGAAAAGGAGCCUUCCAUGGCCGAGAUCGACGUCAACUUGAAAGGAACUCUCUUCACCGUCCGAAUUGGACAACACUAUCUCCGAAAGUCCGGCGGCGGAGACAUAGUGAUGGUAAGUAGUAUUGCGGGAUUCAAAGAAGGCGAGGGGCUGGUCCCUUACACGGCUAGUAAGCACGGUGUCGUGGGGGUCAUGCGGGGCAUUCACCUUACAGCAACACGAGAGAACAUCCGAGUUAAUGUUGUAUGUCCAUGGAUGACAAAAACCCGCAUGGUUCUCGCUAUCGAAGAGGGAUGGUAUGAACGGGGAUUGCCUACUAAUGAGGCCGCGGAUGUGGCUAGGUCGAUUCUACUUUGUGCCACUGCGAACCGCGGCUCGAAUGGGAUCACCCACAGUGGGGCUGUUCUUCCCUUUGCGGGGAAGAUUGUUUUUGUGGCGGGUGGAGAAAGCUAUGAGAUAGAAGAUCGGAUUCAGAGCUUGGAGCCCCAGUGGCUUGGAGAAGAGAAUAGCCGAGUGCUUUUCAAGGGUCAGGAAUAUCUUGCUGCACACAGCUGGGAUGCGACGAAAACGACCGGAAGUCACCCAUAA